AUGGCAUUGGCGUCAAAUAUGGAAUUGCCAAGACCAAAGUUGAUCUCUCUUGGAUUCAGCCCCAAAGGUGUUUACUUGAGCUAUGUUCGUGACGGUGGAAACAUUGAUGGGCAUCUCAAUUUUUUCGAAACUUAUGCUAAGAGCCCAUAUGCAAAAUUUGAAAUGGAGUUUCGUAGCUUUGAUGAUUUGUUGUUCCACAUAAGAAGUGUGCAAAACAACAAAUAUUGGGAAAGAAGCAAAAAUCUUUCCAUCACCGGAAACCCAUCGGAGCAGUAUUGGAUUACUGCAACCUCCGACAACAUGGAGGAAGAUCAAUCUAAGGAGUCAUGUACGUUGUUCAAGUUAAUCCCUAUAGAUCCUGCAGCAAAGACAGUCCGGAUUGGUCAUGUGCAAUCAGGAUGCUAUUUAUGCAUAGGGGGUUAG